AUGGCGGCGGGUAACGACGAAGAGGAAGGCGGUGGAGGGGAUGGGGACUCCGAGCUCAGUAGAGCGGAAACAUGUCAGGGCAGCGGCUCACGUAGGAGCGCAGAGAAGGCCCUGGAGGAGGCGGUCAGUACCGGGGUUCUCAGUCUGUCCGGGAGGAGAAUGAAAGGAUUUCCCCGCAGCGCCAGGAACUACGAUCUGACCGACAUCACCAGGGCUGAUCUUUCCAAAAACCGCUUCUCGGAGAUGCCGUCAGAAAUGUGCCAGUUGGUAUCACUGGAGUCGCUGAACCUUUAUCACAACUGCCUGCGCUUGGUGCCCCCUGCCAUAUCCAACCUGCAGGUUCUGACCUACCUGAACAUUAGCCGCAACCUGCUCCCCUCACUGCCGCCCUCUAUCUGUCGCCUCCCACUCACAGUCCUGAUCGCCAGUAACAAUAAGCUGGGCUCCCUGCCUGACGAGAUUGGCACCAUGACUAGUCUGCGCCAGCUGGACGUCAGCUGUAAUGAUCUGCAGACUCUGCCCCCCCACAUGGGCUCCCUGGAAUGUCUCCGGGAUUUAAACCUGCGCCGGAACCAGCUGUCUGUGCUGCCCGAUGAGCUGUCUGACCUGCCCCUCAUACGCCUCGAUUUGUCUUGUAACCGAAUCACCCACAUUCCUGUCUGUUACCGACGCCUACGCCACCUCCAGACCAUCAUUCUGGAUAAUAACCCCCUCCAGUACCCACCUGCACAGAUUUGCCUAAAGGGUAAAGUUCAUAUUUUUAAAUACCUGAACAUAGAAGCGUGCAACAAGCCGGUGUCAGAGCUGGGGGUGAAGCUGAGUCGACCUACAAGUCUUACUACUUGCCUUACUGAGGAGAUCUAUUCCUCCCGGCCCUACGGAGCCCUGGACUCUGGAUUUAACAGUGUAGAUAGUGGCAGCAAGCGCUGGUCAGGCAAUGAGUCGGCAGAUGAGCUCACAGAUCUCUCACUAAGGAUUGCGGGAUUCAUUGGGGAUUCCAAGCAGCUUAGGGAGAAACACAAUGGGACAGAGGGAGACACUGAGCACACAGAUGUUGAGAGUAUAAAUGAGGAGGAGGAGGAGGAUACGAAAUCUGACUGCGGCCUCCAGAUGUCUGUGACCCCUCAGGAAAAGCACAAGCCGGAUCAUCACUCCACCCCCCGCACAGAAGAGAAGCCCCUUGUUUUUGGGCGGGCACCUUCCUCCGUAUCUCCCACCACUGGCCGAUCAGACCCUCCUGCAGAGGAGAGACUCCGCCCAGACCCCCCUGCAGAGGAGAGACGUCGCCCAGAAACCCUCCUGCUGUGGCGCGAGAGGGAGAGGCAGCAGUUGCAGCAAAAGCAAGAAGCGCUGCGCAGACAGUCAAUAGAUCGCAAGGAGAGUUUACACAAAGUGUCCUCCACCCAUUCGACUUUCCCUGCAACUCCACCUUCCAGCGAUGUGGCAAAUGGCCCUGCCGAUACCCCCAGCCGACUUCGGAGCCAGGGCUCCCAGUCGAGUAUCUCUAACCCAACCUCACCUACCUCCUUAUCCUCAGACUCAUGUGUUAGUGCCACCCAGAAACCCAGCAGCUUUCUCUUUAGAUCCUACUCACGGGGGGGACUACGUGGCACAGCGGCUUCCAGCCCCUCAGAUGUGAGUCCCAUGGAGCAGUGCAGUCCUGUGAGGUUACGGAACCCCCGGCCCCCCUUUGAUGAGAAAGCUCUGCUGUUGCAGCUCCGCAAGGACAUAGAGUCUCGCUUACCCGUCACACUCAGGGAGCCCAUUGGAGAAUCUCUUGCCAACGGAGUGAUGCUCUGCCAACUGCUCAAUCACCUGCGGCCUCGCACCAUCCCCUCCAUCCACGUACCCUCCCCCGCAGUGCCUAAACUCAACCCAAUCAAGUGCAGGAAGAAUGUGGAUAGUUUUCUGGAUGCGUGUCGUAGGAUCGGGGUCCCUGAGCGAGAUCUUUGCUUGGCCACUGACAUCCUGGGAGGAGAGCACCCCCUCAUCGUACAAAGGACGGUAUCUUGUCUCCUGCUGCUGCCCCCUGGAGAAGCCUCCUCCUUGCCCCCCACCUCAGAGCUGUAUCCUGAGGCAUCAGAGUCCUGUCCGCCCCCCACUCCGCUCCUGACUCCAUACACCGGCUUCCUGCUCUUCUACGCUCUCUUCAUGCUGGCGCUAUACACGGCCUACAGCAAGCUCAUUGCAAUGUAGCCACUUGUUUAGUUCUCACUAGUUGCCUCUGGGGCUACACGUUGGCUGCUUCUCUGCAUAGUGCCUCCCGUGUGCCAGUCGGAUUAUCCAGUCGUUUGCUGUGCCUCCUGCUGUCGCAUAGUACUUAAUAUAUGUAGUAUGGGGCCCCUGGUUCCAGUAGCUCAGGUGGGAAAGCUUGCUGCGGAUACUAUUAAUUGAGCCGUCAGGUAAUGACUAUGAGGUGACUACUGGCUCCAUAUUCUCCUUCCUGUGCUUCUGAUUGGCUGUUGGGAAUGUAGAAUUAGUGCUGACUGACAUUGUCCUCUCAGUGUAAAGAAGAGCAGCAAUAGGUCCCCUACAGGGGGGGGGGGAACUACUGCCUUAAUUCUGUGCCUUUUCCUCUAUGGAGCUUUAUCCAUUGAUUAGGCCACGCCAUUUGUGUUGGUCUCCAAGCCUUACGUGCUCAACGGGCCACCCAUGUAAUUAAGGACCAACCCAGUGGCAAAGCCUUUUAACAUUGACUCACUGACCAUAUUGGAAUGUGCAGAGUCAGAUUAGAUGACAGUUGCAUACACAAUGUUGGUGGAGCAUCCAUACUACGCUGGAUAGUAAUGCCAAUUGGGGGCAGUCCUCCUCAGUUACCCAUAGGCAACAGCAGCAGAGCCUUAAACAUAGGGGGAUACAUUUACUGUCAUGGGCCCCCGAAUUGUUGUGGGUUCCCUGGCCCUUUACAUGUUGCCCUUCCCACCCCCCCCCCCAUUUGCUGCAAUUACUGGUACAAUAAUAGAAAUUGUAUAUAUAUAUAUAUAUAUACAUCUGCCUUAAUAUAUGAGUUUUCCUUUAAUAUAUGCCAUAAGAACUAGUGCCCACCUACCCGCUAGUGCCUAGAGAUGGUUUGUGCUCCCUGAGCACACUAUUUAUAUAUCUGUACUGUAUAUACCCAACACUAAUAUGUCUGCACAUACAUAGUGAUGCUGAGUAUCCACACACUGAUAAAGACUUGCCACACUGUAUAAUGAUGAUGAGUAGCUCUACUUUCACAAGUCUUUUAUUUAUGAUUAAAUGUUUCUUAUUAAUGGA